AUGUUUGAGAAAAAAGGCAAAAUCAUCUCAAAAUCAAAUGAAUAUAAUGAUAAUAAAAAACGAACUCGUAAACUUAAUAUUCGAUUGAAUCCUUUAGAUUAUGGCAAAGGUCCUGAUUCACAACUAAAUCAUUCAGAAAAAUUUAAAGUAGAAUGUUUUUUGCCUGUUAUAGAUCAAAUGUCAUCAGCAAUAAGUCAAAGACUUAAAGCAUAUGAAGUAAUAUGUGAUCGUUUUGGAUUUUUUGGACAAUUAAAUAAUCUUAGCAACGAAGAAUUACAAGAAGCAGCUAAAAAACUUGUAGCUGUAUACGAUGACGACUUACACGAAUUGUUGUUUGUUGAAAUAAUUCAUUUUUCUGAAUUUAUAAAACUUUAUUCCAAGCCAACAGAAAUGAGUAAUGAGCAUUUUAUGUACAAAACAUUAAUUGAAAAAGACGUAAUAUCAGCUUUUCCAAAUGUUGAAAUCGCAUUACGCAUGUAUUUAGUAAUUAUGGUCACCAAUUGUAGUAGUGAACGCACAUUUUCAAGAUUGAAAAUUAUAAAAAAUAGAUUACGAACUACAAUGAAUGAAGAUCGUUUGAACUUUUUAUCAGUUAUGAGCAUUGAAAGUGAUGUGUUGGAUAAUCUGUCAUUUGAUGAUAUUAUAGAUGACUUUGCAGAAAAGAAAUCAAGAAAAGUAUGCAAUUUAUAA